AUGUCUCAAGCCAACGGAAACCAAUCCGGUUUCGGGGAUGGAAACGGCGAACCAGCCGGGCAUGGACGCGGAGGACAAGCUGGAGUUGGAGCCGGAAGAGUAUCUGGAAGCGCAGGAGUGUCGUUGCCCGUGAUGGAACGUCUUCGUGUUCGCGAGAACUAUUCGACAUGGGCAUUCGCGACCAAGAUGCUGCUGAUCCCCACGAUAUGCCUCAGCAUCGAGCCGAUCAACUACAGUUUGGUACAAUCGGCGGAGACGGCGAAACAAGCAUGGGACAACCUCAGGAACGCUUUCCAGGACGACGGGAUGACAAGGCGGAUCGGAUUACUGCGUAAGUUGACCAGUAUUCGCCUGGGUGACUACAGCACCGUCGAAGCGUACGUCAACGAGAUGAUGUGUACCAGCCACAAAUUGAGCGAAGCGGGAUUCAAGGUCGAAGACGAGUGGUUAGCCAAUCUGCUGCUGAUGGGGCUCCCCGAGGGGAUCAUGGUGGAUGCGGUGAAGGCCAAGAUACUGCAGGACGUCAAGAUGUCCGCCGGUAAUGGCUCAAAUAAGCAAGAUAGUGCGUUUUAUUCCGAGCGGAGAGGAUCGAAGUCGUCGUCCGACAAGGCCGGCGUGGAGUGCUACAAACGCAAGCGAUUGGGGCACCACGCUGCGGAAUGCCCGAUAAAGGACGAGAAGAAAAGGAAGCUGAAAUCCGACGUGCAUGCUGCUUUCACUGUUCAAGAGUUUUUCAACAAGCGCGAGGUGAGUUGGAUUUUUGAUUCGGGCGACACUUCGCACAUGUGCAAUGGCGAGGUUACCCUUGAAGAUGCGAAGAAGGUCCAGCAGCAAAUCAGCGUGGCGAACAAUGCUGUGUCGACGGUGAAGGCCGUUGGCAGCGUGAAGCUCGAUGCGGAUGUCCGGGAUGGCACGUGCAAGGUUACUUUGUCCAACGUGCUGAGCAUCCCUGACCUGGCGCUCAACUUGAUUUCCGGGAGUAAAAUUUGCAACAAUGGCUACACAGUCACGUUCACGAAGGUUGCAUGCGAGGUGAGUUACGCUUCCAACGAGGUGGUGGCCAUUGGACGAGCACGUGAUGGUCUCUACAGGUUGAGCUUGGCCGGGAAGCAAGUUUCAUGCGCUGCAAAGAAGGAGAAUACGUCGAUCGGUGGCAGUCGUUAA